AGAGGUUGGUAGUUCAAAGGUUCAGAGCCCACCCACUGCGGAAACGACAGACGAUUUGUCGCGACAGAUGGUUUGUUUACAGGGCAGGUUAGGUGAAUUAACGAGGUGAAUUAACGUAGUAGGUUAGGAGAAUGAUGUUAAUGUUAGGGUGAGGCUUAGCCUCAACGCUACAGUUGUCAACAACUGUUGUCCCCAACGCGACCACUAGGUAGUCCCCUGUAGCUCAGUUACUAAAAUGUCAAUGAAGCUGUAGGCCUACUCCUUCUAGCCACAACGGGAGAAACGUAAACAAACCUCUGUGGCGACAAAUCAACAGUAUCAUAACACGGGCUUCCAAGACAGUGAUGUAAAAAGCUUGAUUUGGCCAGCGCUGCGUUGAUAAAAUGACAAAUAUCAGUUGUGAUAAUUCGCAAAGUUUAUCAAAAGCUUGGAUUGCACUGAGGAGACUUGAUGAAAACGAUGACAGAGUCAUUGCAUUGCAAGAGAUCACCAUUCCAAAGGGAAUGGAGGCCACUACAGUUAAACAGAUCAUAACACAUUCGUUUGGAUUGAAUUCUGCUAAUGUGACACAGACAUUUAAGAUAAGAAACCACAAGGGCUGUCUGAUUCCAUUCAACAGCUCUAUACCUGUGAACAGCAAGCACAUGCCAUAUGUGCUGGAAGUGGCAACAAUCUUUCAGCAUGUCAUUCCAAAACCAAGGUCCAUUGCCAUGACAGUAAUCAAUAAAAGUAUGCGAACAAGACUACAGAGUGUUGUUAGAAGGAUAGUGAGACUUGAAGAACUGUUUCCUCAGAUUAAAUUAAGACGUCAUGAGAAAAUUUAUCAGGAAAUAGAGUUGAUGAACCAACAGUUGAGAUUUCUUCAUAAAAGAAUGCAGAUGGCUGAUUCUCACAGCUGGAUGGGGAUGUUCAUCAGAACCCCUAUGUGGUAGAAGAAAACACCUAGGCCCAACAUGUGUUUUAUGUAUUUUCCAUUUGUUUAUACUGUCAACUUUACCAUUCCCAUGUGAGCAGAUAAACAAUGGUAAAUCUGGUUAAUGUAUACCUAUUAUGACAUUCUAUUAUCUGAUUUUAUCUGUAGUGUAGCAUAUCUUGAAAAUGUAAGAUAGUUUGAGUGGUAUAGAAAUUAGAUUUGCUGUUGGAUAUACUUGGGAAAACAUUUUCAACCUUUCGCCACAAACUUUGUUCACCCCCAAAAAUAAAACUGAGUUUAGUGUUUUGGGAACAGUAGUUCCAACUAGCCUGGGUACCAACCAGUCUGUUUGUGCAAUCAUUCCACUCCUUAACAUGACAAGGGGAGUAGAAUGAUCACACAAAGACUAGUUCCAAACCACUUAUGAGGUAUGAAACUAUUGGCAUGAUGCUUUAGUGCUUUGCUACAUGAUUGUGCAACAUUGCCAUCUCCAUUACUGAUUAAAUAAAAAAAACAAGA